AUGCCGAAGGAGAAGAGACGAUCAGUGAGACGGAUGUUAUCGAAACGGCAGUGUCUCAACCAUCAGCGUCCGAUUCGGGACCGGAAUCAGGUGCAACAUCAGUUACCACUGCUUCCGGCACAGCUAUUGGAAGCCAAAGCUCAGGAACAUAUGGACUACCUGCCGCACAAGAAGUCGGCUUCGGUGGAUCAAAGGAAGGGGGAUGGGAUGGUAUUGGAACGCUUUGGAGAACGCUCAGGACCAUAUGGACUCGGUGCUGCUACCGCAGCCGAAGCCGCUACAAGCAACGAUGGUACAGGCUUCGGUGGAUCCGGGCCUGGUUCGAAACUCGCCCAAGAAGGACAGUAUGUCAUCCUCAAUGAAAACGAACCUGGUUUAUUUGCAGCAUCAAACGCAGACGCGGGCUCUAGCUAUUUGCCUUAUUACUACGAUUCCAUCCCAGAAACAUACAGGCUCGGUAAUUUUGGAUCAUCUCCAUUGUACGCACCAUACGGCGGUCGUAACGGAGGUUCAGGAUCAGGAUCAGGUGCAAUAUCUCCUGCCACACCUUCAGGCACCGCUACUCGAAGCAAAGGCUCAGGGCCAAAUGGACUCAGUGCUGCUACCGCUGCCGCAGCCGCUACAAGCAACGAUGGCACAGGCUUCGUUGGAUCGAAGCCUGAUUCAGGAUCAGGAUCAGGUGCAAGACCUGCUGCCACAGCUUUAGACACCGCUAUUGAAAGCCAAAGCUCAGGACCAUAUGGACUCGGUGCUGCUGCCGCAGCCGCAGCCACUACAAGCAACGAUGGUACAGGCUUCGGUGCAUCCGGGCCUGGUUCAAAACUCGCCCAGGAAGGACCUGGAUCAUUUGCAGCAUCAAACGCAGACGCGGGCUCUAGCUAUUUGCCUAAUUACUUGGAUUCCAUCUCAGAAACAUACAGCCUCGGUAAUUUUGGAUCAUCUCCAUUGUACGCACCAUACGGCGGUCGUAACGGAGGUUCAGGAUCAGGAUCAGGUGCAAGAUCUCCUGCCACACCUUCAGGCACCAAUACUGGAAGCCAAAGCUCAGGGCCAAAUGGAUUCAGUGCUGCUACCGCUGCCGCAGCCGCUACAAGCAACGAUGGCACAGGCUUCGUUGGAUCGAAGCCUGAUUCAGGAUCAGGAUCAGGUGCAAGACCUGCUGCCACAGCUUCAGGCACCGCUAUUGAAAGCCAAAGCUCAGGACCAUAUGGACUCGGUGCUUCUGCCGCAGCCGCAGCCACUACAAGCAACGGUGGUACAGGCUUCGGUACAUCCAGGCCUGGUUCCGAACUCGCCCAGGAAGGACCUGGAUCAUUUGCAGCAUCAAACGCAGACGCGGGCUCUAGCUAUUUGCCUAAUUACUUGGAUUCCAUCGCAGAAACAUACAGCCUCGGUAAUUUUGGAUCAUCUCCAUUGUACGCACCGUACGGCGGUCGUAACGGAGGUUCAGGAUCAGGAUCAGGUGCAAGAUCUCCUGCCACACCUUCAGGCACCGCUACUCGAAGCCAAAGCUCAGGGCCAAAUGGACUCAGUGCUGCUACCGCUGCCGCAGCCGCUACAAGCAACGAUGGCACAGGCUUCGUUGGAUCGAAGCCUGAUUCAGGAUCAGGAUCAGGUGCAAGACCUGCUGCUACAGCUUCAGGCACUGCUAUUGAAAGCCAAAGCUCAGGACCAUAUGGACUCAGUGCUGUUGCCGCAGCCGCAGCCACUACAAGCAACGGUGGUACAGGCUUCGGUGCAUCCGGGCCUGGUUCAAAACUCGCCCAGGAAGGACCUGGAUCAUUUGCAGCAUCAAACGCAGACGCGGGCUCUAGCUAUUUGCCUAAUUACUUGGAUUCCAUCUCAGAAACAUACAGCCUCGGUAAUUUUGGAUCAUCUCCAUUGUACGCACCAUACGGCGGUCGUAACGGAGGUUCAGGAUCAGGAUCAGGUGCAAGAUCUCCUGCCACACCUUCAGGCACCGCUACUCGAAGCCAAAGCUCAGGGCCAAAUGGACUCAGUGCUGCUACCGCUGCCGCAGCCGCCACAAGCAACGAUGGCAUAGGCUUCGUUGGAUCGAAGCCUGAUUCAGGAUCAGGAUCAGGUGCAAGACCUGCUGCCACAGCUUCAGGCACCGCUAUUGAAAGCCAAAGCUCAAGACCAUAUGGACUCAGUGCUGCUGCCGCAGCCGCAGCCACUACAAGAAACGGUGGUACAGGCUUCGGUGCAUCCGGGCCUGAUUCCGAACUCGCCCAGGAAGGACCUGGAUCAUUUGCAGCAUCAAACGCAGACGCGGGCUCUAGCUAUUUGCCUAAUUACUUGGAUUCCAUCUCAGAAACAUACAGCCUCGGUAAUUUUGGAUCAUCUCCAUUGUACGCACCGUACGGCGGUCGUAACGGAGGUUCAGGAUCAGGAUCAGGUGCAAGAUCUCCUGCCACUCCUUCAGGCACUGCUACUCGAAGCCAAAGCUCAGGGCCAAAUGGACUCAGUGCUGCUACCGCUGCCGCAGCCGCUACAAGCAACGAUGGCACAGGCUUCGUUGGAUCGAAGCCUGAUUCAGGAUCAGGAUCAGGUGCAAGACCUGCUGCCACAGCUUCAGGCACCGCUAUUGAAAGCCAAAGCUCAGGACCAUAUGGACUCGGUGCUGCUGCCGCAGCCGCAGCCACUACAAGCAACGGUGGUACAGGCUUCGGUGCAUCCGGGCCUGGUUCCGAACUCGCCCAGGAAGGACCUGGAUCAUUUGCAGCAUCAAACGCAGACGCGGGCUCUAGCUAUUUGCCUAAUUACUUGGAUUCCAUCGCAGAAACAUACAGCCUCGGUAAUUUUGGAUCAUCUCCAUUGUACGCACCGUACGGCGGUCGUAACGGAGGUUCAGGAUCAGGAUCAGGUGCAAGAUCUCCUGCCACACCUUCAGGCACCGCUACUCGAAGCCAAAGCUCAGGGCCAAAUGGACUCAGUACUGCUACCGCUGCCGCAGCUGCCACAAGCUACGAUGGCACAGGUUUCGUUGGAUCGAAGCCUGAUUCAGGAUCAGGGUCAGGUGCAAGACCUGCUGCCACAGCUUCAGGCACCGCUAUUGAAAGCCAAAGCUCAAGACCAUAUGGACUCAGUGCUGCUGCCGCAGCCGCAGCCACUACAAGAAACGGUGGUACAGGCUUCGGUGCCUCCGGGCCUGAUUCCGAACUCGCCCAGGAAGGACCUGGAUCAUUUGCAGCAUCAAACGCAGACGCGGGCUCUAGCUAUUUGCCUAAUUACUUGGAUUCCAUCGCAGAAACAUACAGCCUCGGUAAUUUUGGAUCAUCUCCAUUGUACGCACCGUACGGCGGUCGUAACGGAGGUUCAGGAUCAGGAUCAGGUGCAAGAUCUCCUGCCACUGCUUCAGGCACCGCUACUCGAAGCCAAAGCUCAGGGCCAAAUGGACUCAGUGCUGCUACCGCUGCCGCAGCCGCUACAAGCAACGAUGGUACAGGCUUCGUUGGAUCUAAGCCUGAUUCAGGAUCAGGAUCAGGUGCAAAACCUCCUGCUACAGCUUCAGGCACCGCUAUUGAAAGCCAAAGCUCAGGACCAUAUGGACUCGGUGCUGCUGCCGCAGCCGCAGCCACUACAAGCAACGGUGGUACAGGCUUCGGUGCAUUCGGGCCUGGUUCCGAACUCGCCCAGGAAGGACCUGGAUCAUUUGCAGCAUCAAACACAGACGCGGGCUCUAGCUAUUUGCCUAAUUACUUGGAUUCCAUCGCAGAAACAUACAGCCUUGGUAAUUUUGGAUCAUCUCCAUUGUACGCACCGUACGGCGGUCGUAACGGAGGUUCAGGAUCAGGAUCAGGUGCAAGAUCUCCUGCCACACCUUCAGGCACCGCUACUCGAAGCCAAAGCUCAGGGCCAAAUGGACUCAGUGCUGCUACCGCUGCCGCAGCCGCUACAAGCAACGAUGGCACAGGCUUCGUUGGAUCGAAGCCUGAUUCAGGAUCAGGAUCAGGUGCAAGACCUGCUGCUACAGCUUCAGGCACUGCUAUUGAAAGCCAAAGCUCAGGACCAUAUGGACUCAGUGCUGUUGCCGCAGCCGCAGCCACUACAAGCAACGGUGGUACAGGCUUCGGUGCAUCCGGGCCUGGUUCCAAACUCGCCCAGGAAGGACCUGGAUCAUUUGCAGCAUCAAACGCAGACGCGGGCUCUAGCUAUUUGCCUAAUUACUUGGAUUCCAUCUCAGAAACAUACAGCCUCGGUAAUUUUGGAUCAUCUCCAUUGUACGCACCGUACGGCGGUCGUAACGGAGGUUCAGGAUCAGGAUCAGGUGCAAGAUCUCCUGCCACUCCUUCAGGCACCGCUACUCGAAGCCAAAGCUCAGGGCCAAAUGGACUCAGUGCUGCUACCGCUGCCGCAGCCGCUACAAGCAACGAUGGCACAGGCUUCGUUGGAUCGAAGCCUGAUUCAGGAUCAGGAUCAGGUGCAAGACCUGCUGCCACAGCUUCAGGCACCGCUAUUGAAAGCCAAAGCUCAGGACCAUAUGGACUCGGUGCUGCUGCCGCAGCCGCAGCCACUACAAGCAACGGUGGUACAGGCUUCGGUGCAUCCGGGCCUGGUUCCGAACUCGCCCAGGAAGGACCUGGAUCAUUUGCAGCAUCAAACGCAGACGCGGGCUCUAUCUAUUUGCCUAAUUACUUGGAUUCCAUCGCAGAAACAUACAGCCUCGGUAAUUUUGGAUCAUCUCCAUUGUACGCACCGUACGGCGGUCGUAACGGAGGUUCAGGAUCAGGAUCAGGUGCAAGAUCUCCUGCCAUACCUUCAGGCACCGCUACUCGAAGCCAAAGCUUAGGGCCAAAUGGACUCAGUGCUGCUACCGCUGCCGCAGCCGCUACAAGCAACGAUGGUACAGGCUUCGUUGGAUCUAAGCCUGAUUCAGGAUCAGGAUCAGGUGCAAAACCUCCUGCUACAGCUUUAGGCACCGCUAUUGAAAGCCAAAGCUCAGGACCAUAUGGACUCGGUGCUGCUGCCGCAGCCGCAGCCACUACAAGCAACGGUGGUACAGGCUUCGGUGCAUCCGGGCCUGGUUCCGAACUCGCCCAGGAAGGACCUGGAUCAUUUGCAGCAUCAAACGCAGACGCGGGCUCUAGCUAUUUGCCUAAUUACUUGGAUUCCAUCGCAGAAACAUACAGCCUUGGUAAUUUUGGAUCAUCUCCAUUGUACGCACCGUACGGCGGUCGUAACGGAGGUUCAGGAUCAGGAUCAGGUGCAAGAUCUCCUGCCACACCUUCAGGCACCGCUACUCGAAGCCAAAGCUCAGGGCCAAAUGGACUCAGUGCUGCUACCGCUGCCGCAGCCGCUACAAGCAACGAUGGCACAGGCUUCGUUGGAUCGAAGCCUGAUUCAGGAUCAGGUUCAGGUGCAAGACCUGCUGCUACAGCUUCAGGCACCGCUAUUGAAAGCCAAAGCUCGAGACCAUAUGGACUCGGUGCUGCUGCCGCAGCCGCAGCCACUACAAGAAACGGUGGUACAGGCUUCGGUGCAUCCGGGCCUGGUUCCGAACUCGCCCAGGAAGGACCUGGAUCAUUUGCAUCAUCAAACGCAGACGCGGGCUCUAGCUAUUUGCCUAAUUACUUGGAUUCCAUCGCAGAAACAUACAGCCUCGGUAAUUUUGGAUCAUCUCCAUUGUACGCACCAUACGGCGGUCGUAACGGAGGUUCAGGAUCAGGAUCAGGUGCAAGAUCUCCUGCCACUGCUUCAGGCACCGCUACUCGAAGCCAAAGCUCAGGGCCAAAUGGACUCAGUGCUGCUACCGCUGCCGCAGCCGCUACAAGCAACGAUGGUACAGGCUUCGUUGGAUCGAAGCCUGAUUCAGGAUCAGGAUCAGGUGAAAGACCUGCUGCCACAGCUUCAGGCACCGCUAUUGAAAGCCAAAGCUCAGGACCAUAUGGACUCGGUGCUGCUGCCGCAGCCGCAGCCACUACAAGCAACGGUGGUACAGGCUUCGGUGCAUCCGGGCCUGGUUCCGAACUCGCCCAGGAAGGACCUGGAUCAUUUGCAGCAUCAAACGCAGACGCGGGCUCUAGCUAUUUGCCUAAUUACUUGGAUUCCAUCGCAGAAACAUACAGCCUCGGUAAUUUUGGAUCAUCUCCAUUGUACGCACCGUACGGCGGUCGUAACGGAGGUUCAGGAUCAGGAUCGGGUGCAAGAUCUCCUGCCACACCUUCAGGCACCGCUACUCGAAGCCAAAUCUCAGGGCCAAAUGGACUCAGUGCUGCUGCCGAUGCCGCAGCUGCCACAAGCAACGAUGGCACAGGUUUCGUUGGAUCGAAGCCUGAUUCAGGAUCAGGAUCAGGUGCAAGACCUGCUGCCACAGCUUCAGGCACUGCUAUUGAAAGCCAAAGCUCAGGACCAUAUGGACUCGGUGCUGCUGCCGCAGCCGCAGCCACUACAAGAAACGGUGGUACAGGCUUCGGUGCAUCCGGGCCUGGUUCCGAACUCGCCCAGGAAGGACCUGGAUCAUUUGCAGCAUCAAACGCAGACGCGGGCUCUAGCUAUUUGCCUAAUUACUUGGAUUCCAUCGCAGAAACAUACAGCCUCGGUAAUUUUGGAUCAUCUCCAUUGUACGCACCAUACGGUGGUCGUAACGGAGGUUCAGGAUCAGGAUCAGGUGCAAGAUCUCCUGCCACUCCUUCAGGCACCGCUACUCGAAGCCAAAGCUCAGGGCCAAAUGGACUCAGUGCUGCUACCGCUGCCGCAGCCGCUACAAGCAACGAUGGUACAGGCUUCGUUGGAUCGAAGCCUGAUUCAGGAUCAGGAUCAGGUGCAAGACCUGCUGCCACAGCUUCAGGCACCGCUACUGAAAGCCAAAGCUCAGAACCAUAUGGACUCGGUGCUGCUGCCGCAGCCGCAGCCACUACAAGCAACGGUGGUACAGGCUUCGGUGCAUCCGGGCCUGGUUCCGAACUCGCCCAGGAAGGACCUGGAUCAUUUGCAGCAUCAAACGCAGACGCGGGCUCUAGCUAUUUGCCUAAUUACUUGGAUUCCAUCGCAGAAACAUACAGCCUCGGUAAUUUUGGAUCAUCUCCAUUGUACGCACCGUACGGCGGUCGUAACGGAGGUUCAGGAUCAGGAUCAGGUGCAAGAUCUCCUGCCACACCUUCAGGCACCGCUACUCGAAGCCAAAGCUCAGGGCCAAAUGGACUCAGUGCUGCUACCGCUGCCGCAGCCGCUACAAGCAACGAUGGCACAGGCUUCGUUGGAUCUAAGCCUGAUUCAGGAUCAGGAUCAGGUGCAGGACCUGCUGCCACAGCUUCAGGCACUGCUGUUGAAAGCCAAAGCUCAGGACCAUAUGGACUCGGUGCUGCUGCCGCAGCCGCAGCCACUACACGCAACGGUGGUACAGGCUUCGGUGCAUCCGGGCCUGGUUCAAAACUCGCCCAGGAAGGACCUGGAUCAUUUGCAGCAUCAAACGCAGACGCGGGCUCUAGCUAUUUGCCUAAUUACUUGGAUUCCAUCUCAGAAACAUACAGCCUCGGCACCGCUACUCGAAGCCAAAGCUCAGGGCCAAAUGGACUCAGUGCUGCUACCGCUGCCGCAGCCGCUACAAGCAACGAUGGCACAGGCUUCGUUGGAUCGAAGCCUGAUUCAGGAUCAGGAUCAGGUGCAAGACCUGCUGCCACAGCUUUAGGCACCGCUAUUGAAAGCCAAAGCUCAGAACCAUAUGCACUCGGUGCUGCUGCCGCAGCCGCAGCCACUACAAGCAACGGUGGUACAGGCUUCGGUGCAUCCGGGCCUGGUUCAAAACUCGCCCAGGAAGGACCUGGAUCAUUUGCAGCAUCAAACGCAGACGCGGGCUCUAGCUAUUUGCCUAAUUACUUGGAUUCCAUCUCAGAAACAUACAGCCUCGGUAAUUUCGGAUCAUCUCCAUUGUACGCACCGUACGGCGGUCGUAACGGAGGUUCAGGAUCAGGAUCAGGUGCAAGAUCUCCUGCCACUCCUUCAGGCACCGCUACUCGAAGCCAAAGCUCAGGGCCAAAUGGACUCAGUGCUGCUACCGCUGCCGCAGCCGCUACAAGCAACGAUGGCACAGGCUUCGUUGGAUCGAAGCCUGAUUCAGGAUCAGGAUCAGGUGCAAGACCUGCUGCUACAGCUUUAGGCACUGCUAUUGAAAGCCAAAGCUCAGGACCAUAUGGAAUCGGUGCUGUUGCCGCAGCCGCAGCCACUACAAGCAACGGUGGUACAGGCUUCGGUGCAUCCGGGCCUGGUUCAAAACUCGCCCAGGAAGGACCUGGAUCAUUUGCAGCAUCAAACGCAGACGCGGGCUCUAGCUAUUUGCCUAAUUACUUGGAUUCCAUCGCAGAAACAUACAGCCUCGGUAAUUUUGGAUCAUCUCCAUUGUACGCCCCAUACGGCGGUCGUAACGGAGGUUCAGGAUCAGGAUCAGGUGCAAGAUCUCCUGCCACUCCUUCAGGCACCGCUACUCGAAGCCAAAGCUCAGGGCCAAAUGGACUCAGUGCUGCUACCGCUGCCGCAGCCGCUACAAGCAACGAUGGCACAGGCUUCGUUGGAUCGAAGCCUGAUUCAGGGUCAGGAUCAGCCGCAGCCACAACAAGCAACGGUGGUUCAGGCUUCGGUGCAUCCGGGCCUGGUUCCGAAUUCGCCCAGGAAGGACCUGGAUCAUUUGCAGCAUCAAACGCAGACGCGGGCUCUAGCUAUUUGCCUAAUUACUACGAUUCCAUCUCAGAAACAUACAGCCUCGGUAAUUUUGGAUCAUCUCCAUUGUACGCACCAUAUGGCGGUCGUAACGGAGGUUCAGGAUCAGGAUCAGGUGCAAGACCUGCUGCCACAGCUUCAGGCACCGCUAUUGAAAGCCAAAGCUCAGGUCCAUAUGGACUCGGUGCUGCUACCGCAGUCGCAGCCGCUACAAGCAACGAUGGUACAAGCUACGGUGGAUCCAAGCCUGGUUCAAAACUCGGCCAAGGAGGACAGAAUGUCUACCACAGUGAAAACGGCCCCGGAUUAUUUGCAACAUCGAACGCUGCUGCCGUCUCAGAAACAUUCAAGCUCGGUAAUCAUGGAUCAUCUUCGUUCUCCGCACCAUACGGCGAUCAAAAUCCAACUGUUAUAGUCAACCAAGGUGGAUAUGGAUGCGGACAUUCCGGUAUUUGUAAACCAUGUAGUCUUACUCGAAGACAAUACUUUAUUAAGGUUGGACGACGUGGCAGUUAA